AUGUCGAAAGUCACAGACGCAGAAGCGCAGCGGAUCAUGUCCCACAUGAACAAGGACCACGAGGACUCGCUCGGCCACUACCUCGUCCACUUCGGCCGCAUCCCCUCCCGCCUCGCCCAUUCCCACCCUCAAAUCACCACCUUCACGACGCCGCUCAUGAAGAUCGCCUACGGACCUGACGGGAGGAGGAAAGAAUGGACGUACGAGUUUAGUCCCCCGAUGCAUGCGGGUGAGGCGAGAAAGAGGUUGGAGGCGAUGCAUCAGGAGGCAAAGGUUGCGCUCGGAAUCAGCGACGUUACGAUCGACCGCGUCACCCUCCCCGUCGGCGCAUACGGCGGCGCCAUCCUCUGCACCGCACUAACCGCCGCAAUCCUCUACGCCUCUCCCUCCCGCCUCGCCUCGACGCUCAAAUACCAAUCUCACAUCCUCUUCGCCCCGAUCGUCCGCGCCCUCGGACUGAAAGAGUCGCCGCACAAUAUCGGGCGAGCGAUUCAAGGUUUCUGGCUCGUCGCGCUGUAUGGGGCGCAUUUGGCCGAGGCGAUGUUCUGUCUCCCGCCACAUCUCAAGGCGUACAACGUCAAGAACAAGGCGGUGCGGUUGACUUAUUUCAUCCUCACGAUCCUCGGCGGCUUCCCGGUUUGGAUUGGACUGAGGGACGCUGGCAAGGCCGAGGAACGCAAGCUCAAGUCGCAGUAG